AUGAAACAAAAUAUAAUCACAGCCGUGGUAGUUCCGUUCUCCAUCUUCCGCUAUCGUCUGCGUAUGACACUUGCUGUACGCUGCCCCGGGACCCGCGGGAGCCUAGCGUCACUCCGAAGCACCUUGGGACAACGUUUUGGAGCAAGUGAGAAAGUCAGCGUGCCGCAGCUCGCAGCAGAGGGCAGCAAAGGACACUACAAAUACCACUGGCAGAGCCACAAUGUCAAGCAGAGUGGAGUGGACGAUAUGGUCCUUCUCUCCAGAAUCACAGAGGACUCUAUAGUGGAGAACCUAAAGAAGCGAUACAUGGAUGACUAUAUUUUCACAUAUAUUGGCUCAGUAUUAAUCUCUGUGAAUCCUUUCAAGCAGAUGCCAUACUUUGGGGAAAAGGAAAUUGAGAUGUACCAGGGAGCUGCUCAGUAUGAAAACCCACCACAUAUUUAUGCUCUUGCAGACAGCAUGUACAGAAACAUGAUUAUUGACAGAGAAAAUCAGUGUGUCAUUAUUAGCGGGGAAAGUGGUGCUGGAAAGACUGUAGCAGCUAAAUAUAUCAUGAGUUACAUCUCCAAAAUUUCAGGAGGCGGCCCUAAAGUGCAGCACGUGAAAGACAUUAUUCUGCAGUCCAACCCUUUAUUGGAGGCCUUUGGGAAUGCAAAAACUGUACGGAACAACAACUCCAGCAGAUUUGGGAAAUACUUUGAAAUCCAGUUUAGCCCAGGUGGAGAGCCAGAUGGUGGGAAAAUCUCCAACUUCCUACUGGAAAAAUCUCGAGUCGUGAUGAGGAAUCCUGGAGAGAGGAGCUUUCACAUUUUUUACCAGCUAAUUGAAGGGGCCUCCUCAGAGCAAAAAAGCAGUCUUGGCAUCACCCGUAUGGACUACUAUUACUAUCUGAAUCUCUCUGGGUCCUACAAAGUAGACGACAUCAAUGACAAAUCUGAUUUCCAAGAAACUCUGCAUGCAAUGAAUGUGAUUGGGAUCUUUGCAGAGGAACAGGCAUUGGUACUGCAGAUAGUGGCAGGAAUAUUACAUUUGGGAAACAUCAGCUUCAAAGAAGUUGGCAACUAUGCAGGAGUGGAGAGUGAGGAGUUUUUGGCUUUUCCUGCUUUCCUCCUGGGAAUUAAUCAGGACCGCCUAAAGGAAAAACUGACCAGCAGACAGAUGGACAGCAAGUGGGGAGGCAAAUCCGAGUCCAUUAACGUAACGCUAAAUGUGGAGCAGGCCUGCUACACCAGGGAUGCGCUGGCCAAAGCCCUUCAUGCCCGUGUCUUUGAUUACCUGGUGGAUUCCAUUAAUAAGGCUAUGGAGAAGAACCAUGAAGAAUAUAACAUUGGUGUCCUUGAUAUUUAUGGCUUUGAAAUAUUUCAGAAAAAUGGCUUUGAACAGUUCUGCAUCAACUUUGUUAAUGAAAAACUGCAGCAGAUUUUUAUUGAACUGACGCUGAAAGCAGAACAGGAAGAAUAUGUGCAAGAGGGAAUUAGAUGGACACCAAUAGAUUACUUCAACAACAAAAUAGUGUGUGACCUUAUAGAGAACAAAGUGAAUCCCCCCGGGAUUAUGAGCAUUUUGGAUGAUGUGUGUGCCACAAUGCAUGCAGUGGGCGAAGGAGCUGACCAAACACUACUUCAGAAGCUCCAGAUGCAGAUUGGGACUCAUGAACAUUUCAACAGCUGGAACCAAGGAUUUAUCAUUCAUCAUUAUGCUGGAAAGGUAUCUUAUGAUAUGGAUGGAUUCUGCGAGAGAAAUCGGGAUGUUCUUUUCAUGGACUUGAUUGAACUCAUGCAGAGCAGUGAUUUACCUUUUAUAAAGGCUCUGUUUCCUGAAAACCUCCAAGCAGACAAGAAGGGCCGCCCUACCACUGCAGGCAGUAAAAUUAAGAAACAAGCAAAUGACCUCGUUGGCACCUUGAUGAAAUGCACACCCCAUUACAUCCGCUGCAUCAAACCCAAUGAAACAAAGAAGCCUCGAGACUGGGAGGAGAGCAGGGUAAAACAUCAAGUAGAAUACUUAGGUCUGAAAGAAAAUAUUCGAGUAAGAAGAGCUGGCUACGCCUACAGACGGGUCUUCAAGAAGUUUUUGCAGAGAUACGCCAUUCUGACCAAAGCAACGUGGCCUUCCUGGAAAGGAGACGAGAAACAAGGAGUUCUCCACCUGCUCCAGUCUGUCAACAUGGAUCCUGACCAAUACCAACUUGGGAAAUCUAAAGUCUUCAUCAAAGCUCCAGAGUCUCUAUUUUUGUUGGAAGAGAUGAGAGAGAGGAAGUAUGAUGGGUAUGCCCGGGCCAUCCAGAAGGCAUGGAGGAAGUAUGUGGCCAGGAAAAAAUAUGUACAAAUGAGAGAAGAAGCUUCCGAUCUAUUGCUGAACAAGAAAGAGAGAAGACGAAACAGCAUUAACAGGAAUUUCAUGGGAGAUUACAUAGGCAUGGAAGACCAUCCAGAGCUGCGCCAGUUUGUGGGCAAACGGGAGAAGAUUGACUUUGCAGAUACCGUCACAAAAUAUGAUAGGCGGUUUAAGGGUGUGAAGCGAGAUCUUGUCCUCACUCCAAAGGGUGUAUAUCUGAUUGGGCGUGAAAAGGUAAAGCAAGGUCCCGAGAAAGGCCAAGUGAAGGAGGUCUUAAAGCGGAGGAUGGAAGUGGAGAGAAUUCUUUCUGUUUCUUUAAGUACGAUGCAGGAUGACAUUUUCAUUCUACAUGAGCAGGAAUAUGAUAGCUUGCUUGAAUCAGUCUUCAAAACUGAAUUUUUAAGCCUUUUAUCAAAACGAUACGAAGAGAAAACACAAAGAAAACUACCUCUGAAAUUUAGCAAUACACUUGAAGUGAAGCUAAAAAAGGAGAAUUGGGGGCCCUGGAGCUCCGGUGGGUCUCGUCAAGUACAGUUUAUGCAAGGCCAAGGUGAUAUAGCCAUUCUCAAGCCCAGUAACAAAGUGCUGCAGAUCAGCAUCGGACCAGGCCUACCAAAGAAUUCCCGUCCUACUAGACGGAACCUUACCCAAAGCAGAGGGUAUUCCAGCAGGUCUCAAGGUCAGACGUACCCUAUGAGAGCUGCACCUCCUCCUCCAGGUCAUCAUCAGAAUGGCAUAAUAACCCCCCCACAGUCUGUGCCACAUUCCCAAGUCCCAGCAAAUCAACGAGCCAAUCAGAAAAACCUGUACACAAAUAUGAUCCGACCACCUUUACCACAGCAGCUGUCAGGAGGAUCAGGCAGGAUUUCAGAGCAACCAGACAGCUUGGAUUUCCUGAAAGUACCUGACCAAGGAGCAGCUGGUGUUCGCAGGCAGACGACAAACCGGCCCCCACCAGCUGGGGGAAGACCUAAACCACAGCCAAAACCCAAGCCUCAGGUACCACAGUGCAGGGCACUGUAUGCAUAUGACGCUCAGGACACAGACGAACUUAGCUUUAAUGCCAAUGACGUGAUUGAUAUAAUCAAAGAAGAUCCUUCUGGUUGGUGGACAGGAAGACUACGAGGGAAACAAGGUCUGUUUCCCAACAAUUAUGUGACCAAGAUAUAAAAGCCUAAGGAUUUGUCAGAUGAAAAAUAACAUAAUAUUACCAGUGGUUGAAGAUAUUUUCCCUUGCCUUCAGGACACUUGUUCUUCUGAGAUCUGUCAUUCUCAGCAGCAUUUCCACCAGUGAAGUUGUAUACAAGCAGGAAGAAAAAAUCAGUUAGUUUUCCACAAAGCAAACUUUGAUCUUUGCCUCAGAAACACACAGCAAUGGACAUAUUGACAAAUUAUUUAUUAUAUUUAAAGCCUGUUUUUUAACACCCAGUGAGUGUUAAUGCUUAAACCUAUUAUCUUCCUGAAACUGAGAGGUGCUUUGCAGUCUGGGACCAGGAACUUUGAAAGGGGUAUAUUUAAUAAGUGCCUUUCAGUUGAAUAUCAGUAAUCUUUUUAAUUAUCUAAUGAAGAUAAUGUUAAAUGGACAUUUCCUCUAAUGCAGAUCAUUCUGGGGAACAUGUUAAGUAUGCUGCUACAUGUCAAAAAGAUUUAGGAUCACUUGGGAUAUUACCAUCUAAAAGUCUACUGUGAUGGUAUAUUUAAAUACUUCUGUACAGAGCUGUAAUGGACGUGGUUUGUGUUUGCUGAUGUAUUUAGGGACUCCCAACAGGCACUAGAAAAAGAAAAGACAGAAAACAAUGCAGUACUGUAUGCUAAACAAUGUUGCCUUCUUCAAGAUUUAUAUUAGAAUAUGGCUGGCCCAUGUUGGAUUUAUGUUUAAUGCUCUACCUGUUAUAAGAGGUGUCUUUAUGCAGAGCUGUACAUUUAUAUAAACAGAUCAUAUACUGUAUAUAGAAACCUGAAUAUGGUAGAAACAUGUAUGAAUGUAUAAUGUAGUAGUCCACUGUUCUUACUCAUAACAUAGUUUUACUAGAAUUCUUAUGCCAGGUACUUACAGAUAUGCACUACUCCUUUUAAAUAGUAAAAAGAAAAGUGUUAUUGCUCAAGUCUGAUUGCCUCCCACACCAUUCAAAAUGGCUGUUGCUUGCCAUACAGAUAGCAGCAUUCAUGUCUUCUGAACCUCCAUAAAAUAAAACACAAAAAACUGUUAGCUGAACUGUUCUAUUCAUUGUACAGUUUGUUUUCAGGAACAUAUACCAGCAGAUCUCUUCACAACCCAAGUUUGCUGGCUUUUACUGUGUAGGUUUCUAAAGAAGAAAUUGCCCUCCUCUCCAAACACAGAACUGUUCUCACUACACCCGAAUGAACUGCUAUGUGCAGUACAUUUUUCUGGUUAAGAGCAGUUUAAAAAA